CGAAUCUUCCGAUUUAUCAGAUUCGGCCAUUCGGCGAUUCGCUCCGAAUCUCGAUUCGGAUAAAGAUUCGUCUCAUCACUAGUCUAGAGUCAUUAAAUUAAGCUCGCUGGCACUUCGCUUCGGCAUCCUCGCAUGUUUGCGGAAUAACCGUGGGGGACAUCGAGUGACACGAUGUUGAACCUUCUUGACGUAUUUUGGACGCUGGUUACCGGGGCGAUGAUAGCAGCGAGCUACCUUCACUUUACGAAAGGAGACAAGGUACCGGCGUUGCUCACUGCGGCGUUUCUCUACGGAAAGGCUGCCGAGACCAACAGGAAAACGCUCUGCCUGAAGAAUAUAUCCAUUCCAAAGAGAUGGUUCAAGCACUUCUACCAGUUUGGGGUGAUGUUCUUCACCGGCUGCACGAUGGUCAUGGUGCGCUCAUACGUCUUUGGGCACCCACUGCCAACCUGGGUCGUAGGGCUCAUUGACCUUUUUGUGCCUCAUCGAAACCCUUCAGCCACGGCCACGAGCGUUCUGCUUGUCCAAGUACUGGAGACCUGCCAGGUGUUCCGAAGGUGCUUCGAGUGCAUGUUUGUCUGCGUCUACUCGGACGUCAGGAUGCACAUCUGGCACUACUUGAUGGGAUUCUUCUUCUACUUUGGCGUGCAGCUCUCUAUCCUCUCCAACGCUCCCGGCUUGUCGACCACAGUUGGAGUGAUGCCGGCUUUUUCUCUGGCCGAGAUCUCUUGGCAUCAUAUUGUGGGAACGGUCAUCUUUCUUUGGGGCUUCUGCGUCCAGUUUGACACGCACCUCCGCAUGGCGUCGCUCCGGAAAGAUCCUGAAGGCAAAGUGGUGUCCCUCAAGCACGACGUCCCGAAGGGCGGGAUGUUCGAGUAUGUGUCGUGCCCACACUACAUGGCCGAGAUUGUGGUCUACAGCGCCCUGACGCUGGUGCUGGGCUCGCCCAACCCGACCUGGUGGCUGGCCCUUGCCUGGACGUGGGUCAACCAGGUGGGGGUGGCCUUUGUCAGCCACAACUGGUACCAGGAACAGUUCCGCAACUAUCCCCGCCGGCGGAAGGCCAUCUUCCCCUACCUGCUUUGAGGGCGGGUGUUCCUGCUACCGGUACAGUAGCCCGUGCGCAGUGACAAUCAGUUUGUCGAACAAUGUUUUGUGGACACUGCAACGUUUCGACUGUUUGUUUUAUUGAAAGGUUCCCACAUUUGACGAACCUUGUGCCUCCCUUGGUGGUUCCGAUUAGGCCUAAGGCAAGCUCGAGAAUAUAAUAAAGUUUUCCCGAACAGAGCAAGGGGUGUCCACGCAUAGUAUGGACACUCCUUGUUUUCCGAAUUUGUUUUUGUUCUAUUAGAGCCGCUAGGCGAGUCCUCUUGAGUUUUGGCGCUCUUCCCCAUAAUCUAAUUCAGACUACUUAUUAAAAAAAAAACUGCUGUCAACGAAACGUCGCAGAAGCGUGUGUCUACAAAACAUUGGAAUGUUGACAAAAUGUGCGUCCAUCAAAAGUUUUCUACGAACCGUGUGUCCACGAGACGUCUUUCUACGAAAGGAAGGGCACCCACCGGGGCAGACCCUUGAUUUUUGCGUGCUAUCGAGGAGGACGGCAGGGACUGUAUUUUGGUCCUGUUGAGGGCCUCGUUCUCCCGGGACAACGAACUAUGAAUGUCUCUCGCAGACCGGUUCCGUUUAGCAUGCCUUGUUGGCAACCUGGUUUUUUUUUGUUUUUUUGUUUUUUUUAGUUGCCUAAGGGGAGACACCCCCUGGGAGGGUCAACUUUUGAACCUUUGGAUUAAAAUUAAUGAAACUUACAGGGUAGGCUGGUGGUCAUGCUAGAGGGUGCGUAACAAAAUUUCAAGGCUGUCGGUUAAGUGGGAAGGAAAUUAGGGCAGCUUCUACCAGCAACACCCCUACAUUGUUUAGUUAAUCCAUCGUCAGAAAACUAUCACAAUAUUCAAGAUCGUUAUUCGCUAGAUAUGUAGCAGAAUGCCUAGGAAGUGCAUUUAUGGAAAGUUUUCUGAAAAACGUCAUUGAUUUCUAUCAUUUUUCUCCUGCAAAAUUGGUCAACUUUUUUGAUCUUCUGUGUCUACGACAAAAUGUCUACGAACAAACUCCAUAGGCGCAUUCCUUAUUAAAUUUCUGUCAGGAAAAGUGAAGAACAAGCCUUCUCUGUAUUGCCAUUAUCAAACGAUGGAUUGACUAAAAUGGAAUUUAUACCAAAAAGUGGAACGGAGAAAAAUGUGUUCAAAGUGCUCCAAACCCUACCUUUUCUUUAACUUCGGUAGACAGAAAAUAAUUUAUAAAAAAUUAACUAUGCAGUGUAAACUAGUGAAAAUUUUUGGGAAUACUCUCUGGAUGUAGAUGGAUGUAAAUAUGUAAUUUUUCAAAACCAAUGUUUCUUGCAAUUUUUUUUUUCCUCUGGGUAGUGUCCCCCCUUAAGCAUUACACACCAGCUGGCCAUAAAAGAAUAGAUCUAUGAAUGAGCGAUACUUGCAGCAGGACGGUGGCAUACUCAGUAGUUCAAAGUUCCGCUGGGACCAAGUUAGGAUGGUGAGUGCGGUGCAAUCCACUUAAAACGACAAUGAGAAAACCUGAAAAUUAAAUUGUUGUAACCGAUUAUCAUUGUAUCUGGACUAGAAACCUAGCGUUUCUAGUUUACAAACUCUAAAAAUUGUUUGUUAUAAGAGCACAUUGUUAUAUCCGUUUCGUUAUAAGUGAAUUGCACUGUACAUAAGCAAUGAAACUGGCUUUUAAGCUGGCAUUCCAACAUCAUUUUCUUUUGUGAUGCAAUGCUGGCUCAUUGCAAUGGUAUCUGUCCAACGUCCACCUAACGACCGACUUCUCCAGCUACAUUGCUACUAUAAUUUGUGAUGCCUUGUGCCUACUUCUUGUCAAAGGUUCCAAGUUAGUGCACGGAAAUGCUCAGUCUGCUCACUUUAGUAUACGGUCUAAGCUCAACUCAGUCAUAUCUUUUAGGAACAAACACUUUGUAAAGUGCCUUCUAGCUAUUGCUGAAGUGGUCUUUUCUCUCUUUACUAAUAUUUAUUUAUUUUUAUGAAUGUCGACACGUGCAAAAUGUUACAUUCUUUAGACGUUAUGCUCCAUCGCUCAAGUUCGGGAGCAUUGCACAAGUACCUGCGGAUAUUUAUUACGAGCCUUAUGCCUCUACUCGUGAAACGUAUAGGUGUUCAUGGCACAUGGCUAAAGCGCAAAACACAUGUACGAUGAAACCGUCCGAUCCGACGUCCGACCAGGCAAUACGAAGGUCGGAGGCGAGGGUUUUCAACGCUCUCCGAUGUUACGAAAACCAUCGCCCUCCGAGGUCAUUCCGGCAGUCCGCACGUCGGAUCGUAAGGUUUCGUCGUACAUGUGUUUCACGCUUAAUUCCAAGCAGGGUGCAUGUCCUUGGGUUAUUCGUAGGUUUGCCACAAUUUUAGGCAACUCUGUGCCGUAUCUUUUGGUGCAGUAAAAAAACCAAAAAAUCUUGGAUUGUACCUGCUCAUCUAUGUAAUAUUGUUUUAGAAGAUUGUGCAAUAAAAAUAUUUUAGGAAAA